GGACUGUGCGGGCUGGCCCGGCGCAGCCAUGCAGCCGCUGGAGGUAGAUCUGGUUCCAGCACCAGCUAGGGAGCCGAGACUGACCCGCUGGCUGCGAAGAGGCAGCGGGAUCUUGGCGCACCUGGUGGCUUUGGGCUUCACCAUCUUUCUGACUGUUCUGUCCCGGCCAGGAACCAGUCUUUUCUCUUGGCACCCCGUAUUCAUGGCCUUGGCGUUCUGCCUCUGCAUGGCUGAAUCCAUCCUACUCUUCUCUCCUGAAUACUCCUUGUUCCUCUUCUGUUCCCGAAAGGCCCGAAUCCGACUCCACUGGGCAGGGCAGACCCUGGCCAUCCUCUGUGCUGCCCUGGGCCUGGGCUUCAUCAUCUCCAGCAAGAUCCGAAGUGAGCUGCCCCACCUGGAAUCCUGGCACAGCUGGGUAGGAGUUCUGACAAUGCUGGUCAGUGGUGGCCAAGCACUGUGUGGGCUUUGCCUCCUUUGUCCCCGAGCAGCCAGGGUCUCAAGGGUAGCUCGUCUCAAGCUCUAUCAUCUGACAUGUGGACUGGUUGUCUACCUGAUGGCUACAGUAACAGUGCUUCUGGGCAUGUAUUCAGUGUGGUUCCAAGCCCAGAUCAAAGGUGCAGCUUGGUAUCUGUGCCUAGCACUGCCCUUGUACCCAGCCCUGGUAAUUAUGCACCAGAUCUCUAGAUCCUAUUUGCCAAGGAAGAAAAUGGAAAUUUGAGUGCCUCCAAACACGGACUCUAGGUGGGACACUUACCUUGGACUUCAGUGGUUCCUUGGUGAUAUUUAAGGGACCCAUUUCAGAAGUGGCCAAGUUUUUGCACUUUCUGGGCCAAAGGCUACAAAAACCCAGGUUGCUCUUGUUGAAGGAUGAUCCAGGUGACCAAAAUGGGGGAAUGUAUUGAGCACAGUGGAAUGUGAUAGAGAACUUCAGCAUGAAGCCUCUACUCGUGAUAGACAACAGACUUACUAGGUGGUGGUGGAGGUGAUGGUGGUGGCAAUUUCUUAUCUGUAUUUCUAAUGUAAAGUCGAGAUCCUAUAAGUUAUGAAUGGAAGCCAUGGAUAUUUGCCCCCACCUCUUAAACUUUUUUUU